AUGGGGUCGCUCACACAAUUUAGUCUACUGCUAGCAGCAGCAGCAAGCUUGCCCUUCAGCUCCGCAGAUGGACAAUACCGAUCUCGUCCAGACCUCACAGUCCCCAAGCUGAAUAUAACAGUGCCAGCACCUGACGCCAAUGGCACGGAAUAUGUUUUUGUUGCCCCCUACGCCAACACCAUCCAACAGCCUGGAGCUUAUAUCUAUCGAAAGGACGGUGAUCUUGUGUGGUCCGGUAUUGGAUACUACGCAGGGUUUGUGGGCAACUUCCAUCCCACUACAUACAAUGGGAAGACUGUCCUUCAGGCGUUCCAGGGAUCGAUGGAUCAAAACCAUGGGGAGGGUGUUGGCCAACACGUGCUCCUUGACCAAAGCUAUGAGCAUGUAAAAUCUACCAAAACUGGAAAUCACCAUAUUCCUUCUAUCCAUGAGUUUACCGUCGUCAAUGGCGAGACUGCUCUUGUGGAAAUCUACCUUCCAACCAUUGCAAACUUGACAGAGUACGGUGGGAAUUCGUCGCAGCAGUGGCUUGGAAACGGGCUCUUCCAAGAAUUUGACAUCGCAACGGGAGAGCUGGUGUUUGAGUGGAACUCUUUGGACUAUCUCGAUCCUGCAGACGACGAUGGAAACUAUCUCGUUUCAUCACGACACUUCAGCACCAUCUUCAAAAUCAACGGAACCGAUGGCUCCAUCAUCUGGCAGCUGGGUGGCAACCAUUCCACGUUUACGCAAGAUUUCACAUUCGGAUUCCAGCAUGACGCCCGCUGGAGAUCACAGUCCGGCAACAUCGACGUGAUAUCCUUCUUCGAUAACUCAGGCAACGGUCAAAUAACUUUCAACAACGUCUCUAGAGCCUUGUUUGUCCAGCUCAACCACACGGACAACACGGCAACUGUCCUGCGAAAGGCCACGGCGCCUUAUGAGCUGCAGGCUACUUCUCAGGGUAACACCCAGUUGCUUUCGAACGACAACUUAUUUGUUAGCUGGGGGUCGGCAGGCGCCUUCACACAAUUCGGCGCCGACAAUGAAAUCCUGUAUCAUGCGUUUAUCGAGGACGCGGUCAGUUACCGUGGGUUCCUAGCCAAUUGGACUGGUACGCCAAGUGAAGCUCCGGCCCUGGCAGCCUAUGUGGAUUCAGCCAAUACCACUAGGUUAUAUGUUUCGUGGAAUGGAGAUACGGAGACUAAGACCUGGAAGUUCUACCAGGUUCAAGAAGGUGGUGAUUCCAACAAGGCGCAGUAUCUUGGCGACCAAGUCAGAACAUCGUUUGAAACAGCUUUCCUCUGGGAGAGCGAGUACUAUCCUACGAGCGAUGUGAAGUUCUACGCAGAAGCUAUUGGUGGUAACGGAAAGGUCCUCACAAGGACUUUGCCAUCUAUCGCAGUCGGCUAUACUGACAUUGCGAGUAAGUAA